CGGCUUUUCGUUGUAAAACACUGCAAGAUCUCCCUUCCUUUUUGGACGGGGGGGAACAAGAGGAGCCCUUUUGACUUAAAGGAACCUUUUUUAGAGCUUUUCCCAACAAACCAGAAACCCUCAUCUGUGCACAACACACACGGAAAUGAAUUCCCCAUCGCGAGGUUCUGCCCAAAGGUCAUUGUCUGCAUCUCCCCGUAAUAGGACUUCAACCAUCUUUUCAUCCCCUUCCCCAAAAUCACUUCUCAAGAUGCCCCAGUUUUCAACCACAACUCUCCACAAGAAGCUCUCUGCUGAUACCGCUCCUGUCCCAGUCGUAUCCUCCUCUAAGCCCCGACCCUCUUUCCCACACCUUCCCAACGAACUCUUGCUCAUUCUCUUUGAGAGCAUGCCCACAAAGCAUGUUUGUAUUAUGCGCUGUAUUUCAAAGAGAUAUUCGGCACUCGCAACUGUCGUGCUCCUUGCCCGUUUCGAGACGAAACUGGUUGAGUUGGGAGAAAAGAUAACUGAAGCCAACAGGAUCUAUCGGGAAACUGAACGAGAAAAGCACGGCGAUCUGAGUCACUAUCGAGCUUAUUUGAGGAAUGUGUCGCUCAACGAGCUCACCGAAGCGAUAUGGUAUUCCGCACCCCCUCCCGAAUUGCAAACGGUUUGCGAAUGUCUCUGCAUUCUCAAGGGUGUUGACAGCUCUGUAGCAAACCGUCGAAAAGUACAGCAAUCCUUUGGAGAUUCCGUUGAAGAUUAUUUCGUGGAUGCUACGAUGCCGUGGCCUACCAUCAAAAAGUGCAUGAGCCGCUACGAGUUCAAAACUUGGCUGAUGAACCUCCGUGUCGGUGUUGAUUUCAUUCCAUUCGCAAAUGUCAAGCGAGUAGAACGCAUCCUCAUGGUAGAUCCUCAGAUCACGUAUGAUCGGUUGCGUGAGGUGUCCAUGGCUGGCUACAGGUUAUUGAUUCUCGUUGCGGCGUGCUGGCAGUAUUGCACCAUUGCUGAGGACCUACGUCAAAAGAGAAAUGACUGCUAUUCUAUGGAGCAGACCUUGGUCAGACUCCAAAAGUUUGUUUCCCACGUUGGGCGUAAAUGUGAUGGACCUACUAUGAAGAGCAGUGGUUCAUCGUCUGUGAUAGCCAAGGCAGCCAUAUGUUAAUAUUAGUGUAUUUAGGCUGUUGCGUCUCCUUUACUGUAUAUAGACAUCGGCCUCUUGUUUUUUACAUAGUUCCCUCGUAUCCAUAGAAGUGUGCUGUCACUCCAUUAUAAUGAAUAUAUAACCUUUCGAUCCAAAAUAUCA